CAUUCCUUUAGGCCGCGUUGGCUGCUGGGACAGAGUCUGGAUCCAGAAUGGCGGCUGCAGGCGUAUCAACACAAGGAACCACAACGACAUCGUCGGCGGCGGCGCCGGCACCUCCGGGAAUGAGUUCAGGAGGUCCUACUCUCACCGGGACUCUCAAUAAGAAGAAGAAACCGUUCCUCGGCAUGCCGGCUCCGCUGGGCUAUGUGCCCGGUUUAGGCAGAGGUGCAACUGGUUUCACAACACGUUCGGAUAUUGGACCUGCUCGAGAUGCCAAUGACCCGGUUGAUGACCGGCAUGCUCCCCCUGGAAAAAGAACUGUUGGCGAUCAAAUGAAAAAGAAUCAAGCAGAUGAUGAUGAUGAAGAUUUGAAUGACACAAAUUAUGAUGAGUUUAAUGGAUAUGCUGGAAGCUUAUUCUCAAGUGGGCCAUAUGAAAAAGAUGAUGAAGAGGCAGAUGCAAUCUAUGCUGCACUGGACAAGAGAAUGGAUGAAAGAAGAAAAGACAGAAGGGAGCAGCGUGAGAAGGAAGAAAUUGAGAAGUACCGUAUGGAACGUCCAAAAAUCCAGCAACAGUUCUCUGACUUGAAGAGGAAGCUGUCAGAAGUUACAGAAGAAGAAUGGCUGAGUAUUCCUGAAGUUGGUGAUGCUCGUAACAAACGUCAGAGGAACCCUCGCUAUGAGAAAUUGACACCUGUACCAGACAGUUUCUUUGCCAAACAUUUGCAAACUGGAGAACAGCACACAUCUGUGGAUCCCAGGCAAACGCAAUUUUCUGGAUUGACAUCGCCUUAUCCUGGUGGCUUGAAUACACCUUACCCAGGUGGAAUGACACCUGGAUCAGGAGAGUUGGACAUGAGAAAAAUUGGUCAAGCCCGAAACACCCUGAUGGACAUGAGACUGAGUCAAGUAUCUGAUUCUGUUAGUGGGCAAACUGUUGUGGACCCCAAAGGCUAUUUGACAGAUUUGAAUUCUAUGAUUCCAACACAUGGUGGAGACAUUAAUGACAUCAAAAAAGCCAGAUUACUGCUAAAAUCUGUACGUGAAACCAACCCUCAUCAUCCUCCAGCGUGGAUUGCAUCCGCAAGACUUGAGGAAGUAACGGGCAAACUGCAGGUGGCUAGGAAUUUAAUAAUGAAAGGAACAGAGAUGUGUCCAAAGAGUGAAGAUGUUUGGUUGGAGGCAGCUCGAUUGCAACCUGGUGACACAGCUAAAGCAGUGGUAGCCAACGCUGUCCGUCAUCUGCCACAAUCUGUUCGCAUAUACAUACGUGCUGCAGAAUUGGAAACAGACAUCAGAGCAAAGAAGCGAGUUUUGCGAAAAGCCCUAGAGCAUGUACCAAACUCAGUGCGGUUAUGGAAAGCAGCAGUUGAACUGGAGGAACCAGAGGAUGCACGGAUUAUGCUCAGUAGGGCUGUUGAAUGCUGCCCUACGAGUGUUGAGCUCUGGCUUGCCUUAGCAAGAUUGGAGACCUAUGAAAAUGCUCGGAAAGUUCUUAACAAAGCAAGAGAGAACAUUCCAACUGACAGGCAUAUUUGGAUUACUGCAGCAAAACUGGAAGAAGCUAAUGGAAAUACUCAAAUGGUAGACAAGAUCAUUGACAGAGCUAUUACUUCACUUAGAGCAAAUGGAGUGGAAAUUAAUAGAGAACAGUGGAUUCAGGAUGCUGAAGAAUGUGAUAGGGCAGGUAGUGUUGCCACCUGUCAAGCUAUUAUUCGGGCUGUUAUUGGAAUUGGCAUUGAAGAGGAAGAUCGGAAACAUGCUUGGAUGGAGGAUGCAGAAAGUUGCAUUUCUCAUGGAGCUCUUGAAUGUGCACGAGCUAUCUAUGCACAUGCACUUCAAGUCUUUCCAAGCAAGAAAAGUGUGUGGUUAAGAGCAGCCUACUUUGAAAAGAACUAUGGCACCAGGGAAUCCUUGGAAGGACUUUUACAGAGGGCUGUGGCUCACUGUCCAAAAGCAGAAGUUCUUUGGUUAAUGGGUGCCAAGUCCAAGUGGUUAGCUGGAGAUGUGCCUGCAGCCAGAAGUAUUCUUGCACUUGCUUUUCAGGCUAAUCCUAACAGUGAAGAAAUUUGGUUAGCGGCUGUUAAGCUGGAGUCUGAGAACAAUGAAUAUGAAAGAGCACGAAGACUUCUGGCUAAAGCUAGGAGUAGUGCUCCAACGGCAAGAGUAUUCAUGAAGUCUGUGAAAUUAGAAUGGGUGUUAGGAGAUAUUCCUCGUGCACGUGAGUUGUGUGAUGAAGCACUUAAACAUUAUGAAGACUUUCCAAAGUUAUGGAUGAUGAAAGGUGAAAUCGAAGACCAGGUUGAAAAUACAGAGAAAGCUCGUGAAUCAUAUAAUCAAGGGUUAAAGAAAUGUCCCCAUUCCAGUCCUCUUUGGUUGCUUUUGUCGAGACUUGAAGAAAAAGCUGGCAACCUUACAAGAGCAAGAGCCAUAUUAGAGAAAGCACGCCUUAAAAACCCACAGAAUCCAGAGUUAUGGUUGGAAUCUGUAAGACUAGAAUACAGAGCUGGUCUGAAGAAUAUUUCAAAUACAUUAAUGGCAAAAGCUCUUCAAGAAUGUUCUAACUCUGGUAUACUCUGGGCUGAAGCAGUUUUCCUGGAAGCAAGACCACAAAGGAAGACCAAAAGCGUCGAUGCUCUCAAAAAAUGUGAGCAUGAUCCUCAUGUCCUCCUGGCAGUGGCAAAAUUAUUUUGGAGUGAACGUAAAAUAACCAAAGCUAGAGAAUGGUUCCACAGAACUGUGAAAAUUGACCCUGACCUUGGAGAUGCUUGGGCUCUAUUUUACAAGUUUGAGUUGCAGCAUGGCACUGAGGAACAACAUGAGGAAGUGAAAAGACGAUGUGAAAAUGCAGAACCGAGACACGGAGAGCUAUGGUGUGAAGUAUCCAAAGACAUAAGGAACUGGCAAAGAAAGAUUGGAGAAAUUCUUGUACUUGUAGCUGCUCAAAUAAAAAAUACUUUUUAAAUGAUUGUUUCAAGAUACUUGUGUUUAUUUUUUUAUUGGAAUAGUACUUCAGUACAGAAGUCUGGAUCUGUGCUCUGUCUUCCUACUCCUAAGUAAUUUAAUUACAUGAUAUUUAUCCCAAUUCCUACGACAUUUUCUGCUUGGUAAAAAGUUUGUGUAAUUGUGUAAAAUACAUUUUAAAAUAUCCCUAUGUUAUUGAUAGUGGGUAAUUUCUUUGAGAAUAAUAGUUUGAUAAUGCUUGGUGUAGUAGCUGUUAACUGUUAAAGUUUUUAAAGAUGAAGUUAAAUGCCAUUUAAAUUGGUUCUAUAAAUAUAGAAAAUAUACAAGAGAAAAUGUGUGAAAUAUUUCAAUGUUUUGUCUGAGCAAGUUGUUUAAAUUCCUUUUAUCUGUCUAAGCAUGGUUUCUUUAUAAUAAAGCUUAAAGUGAAUAAGAUA